CCUCUCAACGCACGUCGUCAAACCACCAGGGACGAACCUGACCCGCCCCAAUUUCCCGGUCAGGCAACAACUAAAGGCACGGAUUGUAACAUGUCUGUAGGAGUUUCCAGAGUGCAGAAUUCCAGAGUAUGAGAAGAUGGGCAAUCUGAUUCUUAAUCUGGUGAUGCUCUUAUUCCUCACCACCGCCACUUUACCUUGCACUUGCCAUGCUACAAGAACUAUCGAGGAAGGAGGAGGAGAUGAUUCUUCUUCUUCUUCUUCUUCUUCUUCUUCCAAAUCGCUCGAACAGCAAUGAGAAGAACGAUAGGAGAGUGAUACAUGUGAAGGGAGGCCCAGAGUCGGUGAUAUGGGUGGUUCAGCUCUCUGAUCUACAUUUCAGUGUCCACCAUCCCGAACGAGCCCUUGAUUUCAAAAACGUUGUCGGCCCUGUCCUCUCCGUCAUCAAACCCUCCCUUGUUCUUAUCACUGGUGAUCUCACAGAUGGUAAAAGUAAGGAUUUGUUAACAAUGAAGCAAAAUGAGGAGGAGUGGGUGGAAUACCGGAACAUAAUGGAAGUUGUUAUAUUAAGGAGUGGACUUGACAAGAGCAUCUUCUUUGAUGUUAGAGGAAAUCAUGAUAAUUUUGCUGUGCCAACUGUUGGUGGUGCAUUUGAUUUCUUCUCAAAGUAUAGUAUCAAUGGGCAGCUGGGAAGAAGUCGGAAUGUCAAUAGUAUCACUCUUCAGACUGGCGGGCAGAAAUAUCUCUUUGUUGGCUUUGACAGCACAAUGUCUGUUGGUUUACGAGGUCCAACUAAUCUUUUUGGGCAUCCAACCGAUCAACUGUUAGAAGAAUUAGAUUUGGAGCUCUCUCAAUGGAAUUCUCAGUCAACAAAAUCAGUGACCAAGAUUUCCUUUGGGCAUUUCCCACUUUCAUUCUCUGCAUCUUCAUAUUCUGGAAAGAGCUUAAAAGAUAUUUUCCUCGAGCAUUCUCUAUCAGCAUACCUAUGUGGACACCUCCACACUAGGUUUGGUAAGAAUUUGAAGCGGCACCACCAGUCUAGUCAUCAUUUUUUAUCCCUGCCAAAGUUUUUCCAGUUUAACAUACACCAAAAAUCUUCUGAAAGUCCUGUAAAUUGUUCUCCUGGAGCCCCACCAAUUGAAGAAUUCUGGGAGUGGGAGAUGGGUGACUGGAGGAAGAGUAGAGCAAUGCGAGUUUUGGCCAUUGAUAGAGGUCACGUUUCAUAUGUUGACAUUGACUUCAAGUUGGGAGCCAAAGAAACAAUUAUAUUGCCCACAUUUCCACUAGACUCACGCUUAAUGUCAACAUCUUCAUCACGCCAGAAAUAUGAAUGCCAAGUUAUGCUCCCAUCAUCUUAUGACUCAGUAAGAGCUCUGGUGUUCUCUGUUUAUCAGGUUGUGUCUGUGACGACUAGGAUAUAUGAUACCAGUCCUGGAAAUCUCAUUUUGGUCAUGGAGACACCAAUGACAAAGCUUGUGGAUAACAGCUCCAGGGGAGAUCUUUAUGCUGCCUUAUGGAAUUACAAAGCAUUUGAGGAUCCAUCUCCUGAUAGAUUUUGGUUGCAAAUUGAAGCCACUGACAUUUUGGGCAGAUCAACUUUGACUGAAUUACGGCCCUUUUCUGUUAAUGGUCUUAGUGGUAAGCUCUCCUGGACGUGGACAGAAUUUUUGGUCAUGGGUUGUCAAUGGGCUACCUUGUAUUACCCAAUUCUCUGGUCUGCUCUUUAUUUUAUGUUCUCUAUUCUUCUUAUUCCAAAAGCUCUCUCCAUUUUCUCCAAGAAGCAGUAUACUUGCAAAAAUUUCAUAGCUAAUAAAGGCUUCAUAAAUGGCACUGUAUGGAUUCUGCAAGAGUUGUGCAGGGUUGCCAUCGUAUGGUAUGGUAUGUUAGGAUACUUGCUUCACCUUAUAUUAUUCCCCUGGUUUUAUGGGCGAGUUUUAACGGAUGGUGACGAAAGGGGAUACAUGACUUAUAUUGGCUGGGUAGUCAAAAAUAUUGAUGGCAAGGGAAAACAUGACUAUGCUGGAUGUCCAGAUAUUAUGGUGGUCGUUCUUCCCCAUCUGUUCUUUGUGGUUUUUCCUGCUAUUCUGAUUGCUGCGGCUUUGGCUGCUGAAAGAGGUAUCUAUAGGGAACAUUUUCUGUCAUGUUCAGGAAAAAAAGAAGAUGAUUAUGAACAGGGAAGAAGGAGAUCUCUAUUGUACAAUUACGGAUGUGGUGGAUCAAAGUUCCAUUUUGGUGACCGGUGGAUACGGAAAGUUCUCUUUGUGGUGCUCCUGGUGAUUUGUUGGAAGCAUUUUAAGAAUUGCUGGGCUUUGGUAAAAGCUUAUGAGAUGAACCCAUUGAUUCAUUUUCCGGGAUAUAGCCUUUCAAUUCCACUGUUGCUGGCUUAUACCGUGUACAAAACCCGGAAUGUCUGAUGAGCAUUGCAGGGAGUAUACGAAAAGUCUUUGAUGCCUAAAUGUAACAGCAAAUGAUGCUCUUCUUCAUGUAGUUGGCACAAACACUUGGUUUCAAGUAACCAUAACUGCAGAAGAUUGAUAUUUUGGGCUCUUGUGUAGAAAAUAGAGUUGAAGCGACAUAAGUAGUGGAGGUGGCGAUCCACAGAGUUACAUUGAAGAUAGCGAUCUGUUUCCUUACAAUGGUAGUAGGUGUACUUCCUGAUGCGUGUAGCCAAAGAGAUCUCGUUUCCACAGAAAUUUAUGCCUUCCUAAAACUGGUGAACUGCAGUGUUUUACAUCUCAGCCCCCAGAUACAAAAAUUGGCUGCAAGUCUGUUGAGGUAUUCAACCAACAAGGAAGGGAAAUACGGUUUUGGGAAUUAGUCCAAAAUGUCAUAUUUACUUGAUAUUUCAGCAUAAUGAGACAUUUUUUUUGGUUCUACGGAGAUGCUGUGCAAUCGUUACCUGGUAAAAGAUUAGGCCACUUUCCUGGAGCUACCAUUAAUAUAAAGUCAAACGUAACAUUAAUAAAGUAUAUAAUAUGAGCCUUAUUGUUA